UAGAGAGUUUGACAUAGUCAAGUGAAUAAAUCAGUGAUAUGUAAUUCAAAUAUUUUUCUCAAACUUUCAAUUUCAAGAACAAAACUUCUUAUGCAUAGAGUAUUAUUUUUUCAUGCAGAAGCCUUCUUCGAAAAUUCCUGAAAAAAAUGUUACAGGGACAUAUACGUAUGUUAAGGUACAGCCGACCUUAAAAGAAAAGAAUAUAAAAUUAGAGAACAAAAAAGUAUCAAAUUGUGUAUCCAUUUUUGAACCACUUGUAGGUCCUUCAAAUCAAUUUAUUCCAGUGCAUGAUGCUCAAAAUUCUAGUCAAUAUGUUCAGCUGCAGUUAUCUUCAGAUCAAAAUUUGCCUGCCAUCCAGUUGCGUAAUGUACAAUCACUUCAAUCUAGUCAUAGUUUCAAUUUUAUAGAUUCUAUAUGUAAAGAACAUAUUGUUUCACACGGUACAAAACAAACAUUAAAUAACCAAGUAAUUCAAACUCUUACAAUUAGUUCUCCUAUGAAAAUUACAGAUUCUAAAAGUUAUAUUUUAUCACCCACACACAGUUCUGCAUCACAAUCAUCAGUUUUUCAAUCUUCUUCAAAUGGAGUAUCAAAGGAUGUUUCAAAAUCAAUUAGUUUGAUGCCUAAGCUGUCUAAUGACAGAAUUAUUGCUCCUGCCACUUCGUUUCCUAUUCCAGCUCCUACCACUUCGUUAUUGAACUCUAAUCUGGUAAUUACCUCUACUAAUCACAAUCAAUCAGGCCAAGCUCUACAAAAUAGAAGUAAUCAGAAAAAGUUAAAAAAUCAAGCUGUUAAUCAUGUCAAUAGUUUUCCUUCGGUUGCUAUCAAGUCCAGUAAAGUUGCUAUGCAACAACCAAUGUUUGUGCCGAUCACAAUGGCUGGUACCAUUUCAAUGUAUACAAAUCAAGAUCAACAAAAUGGAACUCUUAGAAUACAUCAUCAAAUAGCUCCUCGGUUGUCUACGUCAAAAUCAAGUAUUGUUACUAUUAAUCCAAGUAAUCACAGCUUUUUAAUUCCAGUUCAAUCUCAAUCAGAAAAAAGUGGAAUGCCUCAACUGUUUAUUCAGAAUUUUUCACAAUGCCAAUCUAAUUCAACUGAGCCAAUUAAAGAUGGUUUUUCAAAUGACAAUCUACUUAGAAUAGAUUCAAAUAAAUCUGCAUCUAAAGCAAAUGUUGGACCAAUAACAGAAUCAAAAAUUUUAAAGAAACCUUGCAAUUGCACUAAAUCUCAAUGCUUAAAAUUAUACUGUGAAUGUUUUGCUAAUGGUGAGUUUUGCAACAAUUGCAACUGUCGUAUUUGCUUCAACAACAUUGCUCAUGAAGUUGAACGUAGUAAAGCAAUUAAAUCAUGUUUAGAUCGCAAUCCAUACGCUUUUCAUCCUAAAAUUGGCAAAGGAAAGAUUAAAGGUGAUACAGAGAGAAGACAUACUAAAGGUUGCAACUGUAGACGAUCAGGAUGUUUAAAAAACUACUGUGAAUGUUAUGAGGCAAAAAUUCUUUGUUCAACACUUUGCAAAUGUUCUGGCUGUAAAAAUUUUGAAGAAUCUGCCGAUCGUAAAACAUUGAUGCAAUUAGCUGAUGCAGCAGAAGUAAGAGUAUUACAACAAAAUGCUGCAAUUAGUAAACUUGAUACUGAGAUGAAAGUUUUGAAUGGAGAAACCCAAUGUUUCAAAGACAAAAUUUCAUUCAUAACUGAAGAUGUUUCCAAAUUGACCUGUGACAUUUUACUUGCGCGAGCUCAGGAAGCUGAAUUUCUCAAUGAAGAUGAAGUACAAAUAGAACAUUCAGUUUUGGAAGAAUUCAGUCGAUGCCUUAACCAGAUUAUUGAUAAAACUAAUGGAUUUAAAAAAAGGAAAAAAUAACAAUGGAAGGAUUAACCAUUGAAAAAAAUGACCAUGGACUUAAUGACUAUGGUUUGAAUGACCAUGGACUGUGUUCUGAAUUUUAAAAUAAUCGAAUCUUAUUUAUUUUAUAAACUUGUAAAUUUGUACAUCAAAAUCACCUACAUGUUUUUAUAUAUAAAUAUAUUUUAACGUAA